GUAACAAGAUCAUUGGUCAUUUUGAACCGUCCUUUAAAGGUGAGUGUACUGUUUUGAUGGUUGGACGUGACGGCCGCAGAAAGGAAGAUGGAACAAAUACGAAUAUUUCCAUACACCGCAGAGGAAAGAAGAAGAAUGAUUAAAGAAUUUGGUUUUACUGAAAAUGGUAUAAAAGAAGAUGUAGAAGCAAUCAUGGACUGGUUUAAAAGACAACCGCAUUUGGUUGAAGCAGGAAUAGAUUCUGAAGUUAUAGUCAAAAUGCUAAUAAUGGCUAAAGGUUCCCGAGAAAAAGUCAAAAGUAAAAUAGAUAAGUUUUACAAAUACAGAGGCUUGUCUCCCGAUUUGAUACACAGCAGAAUAGAAGUGUUAAAAGGAGAUGAAGACUUUUUCACCUUUUAUCGUCAAGCCAUAUCAACGAAAUUAUAUGAAGGAAAGAGAAUCACCACACUAAAGUUCGUUGAUCCUAAUCCAAGCUCUUUCAAAAUUGAAGAAAUUUUCAGAAAUUCUUACAUGGUUGGUGACUUAAGACUGAAAUACGAUUACAUGCUGGGUGAAAUAUGGCUUUUGGACCUCAAGAACAUUACACUGGGCCAUUUCCUGAGAAUCAACCCCAUGGUGGUACAGAGGGCUUCACAAAUGUUUCAAGAAGGAUCCGGCUUCAGAGUAUUUAGCAUCCACGUUCUAAAUGUUCCGUCUAUCGGCCGACAGAUAUAUAAUUUAUUUAAGCAAUUUAUCAAGCCCAAGUUACUAGAAAGACUGAUGGUGCACGGAACUUUAGAGGAACUAUACAAAGUUUUGCCAAAGAUGUAUUUGCCUAAGGACUACGGGGGAGAUGAUUACAGUAUGGAUGAAUUUAAAGAUUUAUAUCAAAACGAGUUUCGAAGCGGUACAACUUUGCAAUAUUUACUGGACAGUUGCAAGAAAGUGUCAGACGAGAAGAAGAGACCUGGUGUUAAUAAGAACGAAGAACUAGCGGGAACGUUCAAACAACUAAACCUAGAUUAAUUGAGAAUUUAUUAAGUACUAGCUUUUGCCCGCGGCUUCGCACGCGUUAGAAAGAGACAAAAAGUAGCCUAUGUCACUCUCCAUCCCUUCAACUAUCUUCACUUAAAAAAUUACGUCAAUUCGUCGCCCCAUUUGGCCGUGAAAGACGGACAAACAAACAGACACACACACUUUCCCAUUUAUAAUAUUAGUAUGGAUAUUAAAAGAUUUUAAUAUAUGAAUUGUCAAUUAAUCUUAACUGUUUAUUAACUGCUUAUUAUUUAUAUAUUUUAAUAAAUUUCCUCCUUAAAAU